ACCUAAAACCUAACCCAGUAGAGCUUGUAUCAUUUUUAAAGGUAAGAUACUAAAUACAGUUUAAACUCACACACACACAAAAAUGAGUACAUCUAUUACUAAGCAAAUGAUUAGCCCCGCUAAUUUGGUUUAUCAAUUUAUGAAAGAUAAACAGCGGGUGUGCGUGUGGCUUGUGCAUAAUACACAAACAAAAAUAGAAGGUAAUUUACUUGGAUACGACGAAUUCAUGAACGUCGUGUUGGGAGAUGCGGUGGAAAUAAAUACAAAGCGAAAGGAGACCACCACGCUAGGGAAGAUUCUCCUUCGAAGUGAUAACGUUGGUGUCAUCUUCCCUAUCGGCGUAUAAUAGAAAGAGAAAAGAGGAAGAGGGUAAGAGGAGAUAAGAGGCUGGGGUGUGGGUCUUUCUUUUCUCUUUCCUUAAAAUGAAGUAUUCAAUAGAUAAUGACUGGCUAGGUCUGCGAUUAAAUACAACAAUUGAUGUGUUAUUAACGCUAUUCUCUCUUUUUUAUUGCUAUUGACGCUAUGAUAAUAUCAUCGGAGAAUAAGUAAAACAACUACAACUAAUUUACUAAAACUUUGGGUUGAAUUUUUACCAGUUUCCACCUUCUUAGGGUGUUUGCCAUGCGGUAUAUAUUUAAUGCAUACACCCAUAUAACACCUCUUCACACCACUUCUUUUUGAAAUUUCUAACAAAUUGUUGGACAGACUUUUCAUUUCACAUUAGAAAAAAAUCAUGUUAUGAUCCUUUAGUAAGCUUCUGAUUCGCCAACAAGCUGAAAAAGAUAUAUAAUAGCAUACAUUUAAAGCAUAUUUAUUCGGGGUUGAAUUUUACCUAAUAAGGUAGUAUGUGAGGAUUCAAAUGCAUAUGCCUUUUUCCUCUUACCAUAUUUUUUUAUCACGAAGCGUUUAUUUAUUCAGCUACUACUUUGUUUUGACUGGGCUUCCCGUUUAUGCCCUCUAAAGGCCGAGAUGGACAUUUUACCCUCCAAGGAUGACAUUUAGCGCUGCUCAGAGUUACUUCAGCUUCUCAUUGCUGCUUUUGGAUAUUUAUUAUUGAUAUCGAUAGUUUGGUUUCAGCACUUUAUCUGGGCAUUAUGAACAGAAUUUCCUACGCGAAUUUAUUAAUCCUAGACAUUGCCUUUUUAAUGGUAUUAUGAUAUAACCUAUUGAAUGUGAGUUUAACAUCUUUUUUUCAAAAAUAUAUUCAUACAUUAUAUAUAUAUUUAUGUAUACUUGAAAUGAUUAAAAA